UUACGUAAUGAAAAAAUUUUAAGACAUCGCGGAACGGAUCGGCUACGUCACUAUUUUCGGUCACGUGACUUACCGUUAGACGCCAUAUUGGCAGUUUAGUGCAGUGCUAGGGGUUAGUGACGUGAGUUUUGUUGUUCGCCAGUGUUUUCCAGUUAAAAGAAAUGGACAUUUAUUAAAGAAGAAUUACGUGUUGGCGAAUUUGUGUGUCGUUUCGUGUUGUUUUCGUGUCGGCACAUUUGAAUAUCGCGGGUUGUCAAAGGAUUUUGUUCGGGUAUUUACGAUUGUCACACACAACAUAUCCAUCCAUUGGCGGCGGUGCAGAUGGUCGGAGUGGUUUCGGUGUGAUGUCCCAUGGACUAUGGCGGGAAUCUGACCGAUGAGGAGCUUCUAUGGUGCAUAGGUGGAUAUGGCAGCAGAAGCUGAAAUGGGCGAAAUCGAGGAAAUGCAUUCCAAAGACGAAGGUAACCAAAUUCUGAACGGGGACAUAUCGGACGUAGAAAAUGGCAACGAAGAUAGCCAAAGCAGUAUCAAGAAAAGCCAAACCACCACCGACAACGAGUCGAUGGACGUAGACGAACAAGUCGAGUCGCCCGCGAACACCAACCGCGAUGACGAAACGAAGAGUGAACGCGGCGACGACGACGACAACACGGAACCGGAGGACGUCGAGUCGGAGAAGGACGACGACGUCGACAGCGUGAAGAGCGGCGACAGCGCGAAGAGCGGCGACAGCGGUUCGAAAGCCAGCGAGAUCGCGAACGGCAGGAAGAGCGCCGACGAGGUGCACGAGAUCAUCGACGACGAAGACGACGACGACGAUGAAGACGAGGGCAGCAUAAAGAACGGCUCGACGAAGAACGACGAGCCGAUCGAGCUGAACGACUCGGGCGAGGGAGAAGGUGACGCCGACGGUGACGUAAUGAUCAUAGACGAACCUAAAGAGAACGGCUCCGUAGAUAAGCGGCGCCCCUCCGACGAGCUCGAAGUGAUAGAGCUGGACACGACGCCGCUGAAGAAGAAGCCCGAGCUGUCGUUGCUGCCGCCGCGGCGGAGCGUCCGCAACUUGAACAAGAGCAAGAGCUACGUGGAGAGCGACAAGGAGGAGCAGGUGGCGCAGUCGAACUCGUCGGAGGAGUCCGACAUCGAGGAGGUGAUGCCGCAGGACCCGCUCGCGAUGAACGACAAGAUCGAGAUGAAGAAGACCAAGUUGAACUCGAACUCGUCGACGAUCGUCGUCAAGGACACGAAGCGGCUGGUGGAGAUCGCGGCGAAGAGUAACAGUAACAACUCCGGUAACAAAAAAGAGCCGACUUUGGUGAUCAUAGAUACGAACUCUAUACUGUCAGGUCGCGGUCCGGUUCCUGUGAGUAAGUCCUCCUCUCCCUCGGUCAGCCAGUCGUAUCCCACGUUGCUCCCGAUGGCCCUCCCCGCCCAAGGUAUGUACCCUCCUAACAUGAGAGCAACCAUCACUCCCAUCCCCAUGAACUCCUCAGCGCCGACGACGCCCCCGCCCCCGCCUCUCACGAAAGCCCCUUCCUCCUCGUCCUGUAUCAACCCCGCGGCGCUGGCGCCGGUGCUGCCCACCCUCACCGACGACAUGUUCGUGGUGGAAGCGCCCUCUUUUAUCGUCCCCUACGUAUACGAGAAGCCGCCAGUGACGGACUUUAAAAACUUCCUGAAGGAAGUCGCCGAGAAGGUUGCGAAGGAGCAGGAGGAGAGGGACGGAAAGGCGGACAACGACGACGAGAAGAUGGAUACGGACGAGAAGGAGAAGGAAGAAGCGAACAAAGAAGACGACUCGAUGGCCGAUCCGUCGAAGAGGUCGUUUUCGUACUUUGACAGUCCGCUAGGGAAGUUUUUUAUCGACAUAGGGUUUAAUUUGGUGCAGGAGUACGUGCAAGCGGACAUGCUGAAACAGCAGAAGAAGAAGAAGGAUAGAGAAGGCGGCCAGAACCCGACGACGAACAAGACGAUCUAUUCGCUGAUGAAGAAUCUCGAGUAUACUAAAGAGAAUAACGAACCGUUCAGGAUGACGAUGAAGAAGUGCGAGUUCUGUAAUUUCAAGACGGAGUCGCUGCUGGUGAUGGCACACCAUUUGGAAACGCCGCACACGAAAAAUUAUGUUUAUAAAUGUAAUUUUUGUACUUAUGAGGCUCGCAGCCCCCACGACAUCCUCUUCCACAUGGAAGCCGAGCACGCCGUUCGCGGCCGCUUGGAACGCGCCCCCUCCUUCCACCAGUGUCCGAACUGUCCGUUCGAGGACAACCAAAAGGGCAAGCUGUCUCGUCACCUCGUCGCCUGCAUGAGAAAGUUCAAGCCGGACAGGAACCUCGACCCGCCCAUAGACUGGGAGCCGCCAGCCAAAAUACCGAGAGUGCCUAAGGCCCGUCAGGGAAUCAACGUCUCCGCAUAUCAGGCGAUGAAGUCGUCGCAGUUGCAGUUCCUCUCGAAGAUGCAGCUCCUGAGCAACAACAACGCCACGUCGAACGCCCUCCACAGGGGCAGGGGAAGGCCGUCGCUGGGCGGGCCGGCCUCGAUGAAGCAGGCGAUGAUCAGGCCCUCGGGAAUGGUCUACAAGCAGACGAUGAGCGGGGGGUCGGUCUUGGUGCCGACGAACUACCAGCUCAGCGGGAAUCAGGUGUACCAGGUGGUGGGUGGACAGGAGUUGGGUGGACGACUAGGUCAUCCUGGUCACAUGGCUUUCGUCCCCAACAUACCUUCCGCCUCUAGCACAGUCACCAUUCAGAACCAAUCAAAGAACAAGUCUGUCCACCAGCCGAGCAUUUCUAUAACUCCACUACCUCGAGCGUCGUCGUCGCCUAACGCGAACAUUCAAUCCAAGCCGGGCGACACGAACUCAAAGAACUCGUUCGUUAUUUGUGAGAUCUGUGAUGGUUACAUUAAAGAUUUAGAACAAUUGAGGAAUCACAUGCAGUGGAUACAUAAAGUGAAGAUUCAUCCGAAGAUGAUCUACAACAGGCCACCUCUUAACUGCCAAAAGUGCCAAUUUAGAUUUUUCACCGAUCAGGGACUGGAGCGACAUUUGCUGGGUUCGCACGGAUUGGUCACGUCUAGUAUGCAGGAUGCGGCGAACAAGAGCAAGGACGCCGGAAGGUGUCCGGUCUGCGGAAGGGUGUAUCAAUGGAAGUUGCUGAACCACGUGGCGCGCGACCACAACAUGACCCUGAAGCCUGCCCAUCUCUCGUACAAGUGCACCGUGUGUACGGCUACAUUCGGCAUGUACAAGCAGUUCGAGAACCACGUGUACUCUGCCCAUAGUGUAGUGGCAAAGCGCGUGAUGGAUAAGAAGAACUCUUCGUCGUCAACAAAUAAAAACGAUCAAAUCAUGAAACCGUUGAAAAUCAACGACGAAAUAACGAUAAUUCCUCAGCCUGCGAAGGCGACUCCGAGCAAAGAAGGGAGUCCAUCGUCAUCAACAGGGUCAACAAACUCGCGCAACAGCAACCCCAGUACUAGUAAAAAUGCUGAUUCCACGACAGUAAGCAAUUCGUCGGCCGAAAACGCAUCGCCUUGUGAUGCGAAGGCUGCGGAUUAAGCGUCUUAGUUAAAUAUUAGUGCUUAUGAUUGUGGUGUGUGGACAGUUAUUUAACAACAAAUUACACGAGCAGGACGUUAAAUCAUUUUAUAAAACAUGGACCAAGCGGUUUCUUGCGAGACAUGCUGUCUGAUAUGUAUUUGCAUUAUAUUCUCUAUUUAUUAUGUAAAAUAUAAAUAAUGAAUUUUCAUAUGGUAUAGGAUAGACCGAAAUUAAGUAAUGUUGCACUUGCAAAGAAGACUAAAGAAUAGGACUAGAUUAUUAUAUACAUGUGUUUCUUUAGUUUUACAUUAUCAGAAUAAAUUUUAAUGUUUGUGACAUAAACUCUCACACGUUGUAUUUAUUUUUAUAUAUCUUUUUGUUGAUUCAUAACUUCUGGAAAUAAAA